GAGUUGACCCGUUGUCAUGGGAAUGAGACUUUGUUUUCUCUUCUCAUGUUUUAUGAGCAGCCCCUAAACUUGCAAUAAACACAGUGAGCUAGCUAAUGUUACUACGACUCCAUCGAUAAUACAAAGUAAAAGAUUGUUUCAUAUAGAAAUAUUUAUUGUUAAACUUUGUCGGACUGCUCGUGGUUUGGAAGUAAUCGAUAAUCGGCUAGAUGAGCAGACUUGAAUGUGUGGGGAAGUCUUCCAAGGUUCCACAGAAGCAGGUGGCCCCUGCACUUCUUGAGACACACAUGCCUAAAGAAGCACUGGAAGCCAAGUAUUGUACUGCCGCACCCCAUGUGUGUUUUGGUAUUUUUCAGAAGUAGCCUUCCUACACAAGCAGUAUCAAAUCCUAUGAAGGUCACUCCACCUGGGAGAUUCAAAGUGCUCUGUGCAGGAGGUGUGAAUAACAUUAGUGUUGGGUUCGCUGGACCGCCUGUGAUCCUCAGCCAAGACCUGAAGAUGAAGGACAGUAAGAAACCACAGCAGUUGGCUUCAGCUGUUACAGGAGGAAGAGUGUUUGUGCAGCCACAGGCCCAAACUACUCCCUGCUCUGUGUGUAUUCACCCUCCAGCUGAGCCCCUCCCCCCUCUUGAACCAGAAGGGGAGGAAGAGCACACUGAGGAGGAGGAUGAUGAUGAUAAUGAUGAUGAUGGCGGUGAGGCGGAUGAUGAUGAGGAGGAGGGAUACAGGGCUCCGCUGGAGCUGAUGGCUGAAUUCCUCAAGUCUGUAAUGGAGAAAGACUUUGUACUGGCAAAGAAACUGUGUCAGAUGAUUCUGGUCUAUGAACCAAAUAAUCCAGAAGCCAAACAGUUCAUUCCUCUCAUCCAGGAGAGACUGGCGAGAGAGCAAGAGGAGAAAAGCCAAGAUGAUGAUGAUGAUUGUUCAGACUCCGGUGAUGAAGAUGACUCUGGGAGUGAUCAAGACUCUCCUCAGAGCUCAGACAGCUCCUCCUCAUCGUCGUCAGAUGAGAAAGAGGAGCUGGAGAGGAGACACAAACCAUGUCCACCCUCUCACCUUUCCCCAUAGCUGUCAGUCAGCACACUGCAGUGGAAACAUCAGUUCGUUUCUUUGCCUUUUGUAUGAGUAUAUAGAUAUCAAUUGUGUCACUGUUUUGCAUUUCACAUUCGCACAUUGCCUUUGUGAGGCCAUCACAGCAUACACGGUUUCCUCAUCACCAUGUCCCUGUUUAAUCUUCAUGUAAAUAACACAAUAAAGUUCAGCAUCAUGA